AUGCCGAAGCACAAGCAUUUCACCACACUCUACCUCCGAAGUGGCCACGGUGAACAAGCAGGAGCAACAAUGAAGUUUUUGGUAAUUGUGCUCUUGGCGGCUUCCGUUUGCGCUACUGAAAUUGAAAAGCGAGAUGCGGAGCCAAGCUAUGGGUCUUAUCGUCCUACCUAUGGAAAUGGUUAUGGUUACCCACAUGGCCACCAGUACGGGAAGAGGUCUGCUGAUCCAGAACCAGAGCCCGAGGCUUCCUACUCCUCUGGACGACGCUACCCUGUAAGCCAUUCCCAUGGCCACCAGUACGGAAAGAGGUCUGCUGAUCCAGAACCAGAGCCUGAGGCUUCCUACUCCUCUGGACGACGCUACCCUGUAAGCCAUUCCCAUGGCCACCAGUACGGAAAGAGGUCAGCUGAUCCAGAACCAGAGCCUGAAGCCGAGGCUUCAUACUCCUCUGGUAGACGCUACCCUGUAAGCCAUUCCCAUGGCCACCAGUACGGAAAGAGGUCCGCUGAUCCAGAACCAGAGCCUGAAGCCGAGGCUUCAUACUCCUCUGGUAGACGCUAUCCUGUAAGCCAUUCCCAUGGCCACCAGUACGGAAAGAGGUCCGCUGCUCCAGAACCAGAGCCUGAAGCCGAGGCUUCAUACUCCUCUGGUAGACGCUACCCUGUAAGCCAUUCCCAUGGCCACCAGUAUGGAAAGAGGUCUGCUGAUCCAGAACCAGAGCCUGAAGCCGAGGCUUCAUACUCCUCUGGUAGACGCUACCCUGUCAGCCAUUCCCAUGGCCACCAGUACGGAAAGAGGUCCUACGGAAAGAGGUCUGCUGAUCCAGAACCAGAGCCUGAAGCCGAGGCUUCAUACUCCUCUGGUAGACGCUACCCUGUCAGCCAUUCCCAUGGCCACCAGUACGGAAAGAGGUCCGCUGAUCCAGAACCAGAGCCUGAGGCCGACGCUUCAUACUCCUCUGGUAGACGCUACCCUGUAAGCAUUCCAUGGCCACCAGUACGGAAAAGAGGUCCGCUGAUCCAGAACCAGAGCCUGAAGCCGAGGCUUCAUACUCCUCUGGUAGACGCUACCCUGUCAGCCAUUCCCAUGGCCACCAGUACGGAAAGAGGUCUGCUGAUCCAGAACCAGAGCCCGAGGCUUCCUACUCCUCUGGAAGACGCUACCCUGUCAGCCAUUCCCAUGGCCACCAGUACGGAAAGAGGUCUGCUGAUCCAGAACCAGAGCCUGAAGCCGAGGCUUCAUACUCCUCUGUACGGAAAGAGGUCCGCUGAUCCAGAACCAGAGCCUGAAGCCGAGGCUUCCUACUCCUCUGGACGACGCUACCCUGUAAGCCAUUCCCAUGGCCACCAGUACGGAAAGAGGUCCGCUGAUCCAGAACCAGAGCCUGAAGCCGAGGCUUCAUACUCCUCUGGUAGACGCUACCCUGUCAGCCAUUCCCAUGGCCACCAGUACGGAAAGAGGUCUGCUGAUCCAGAACCAGAGCCUGAGGCCGACGCUUCCUACUCCUCUGGACGACGCUACCCUGUAAGCCAUUCCCAUGGCCACCAGUACGGAAAGAGGUCCGCUGAUCCAGAACCAGAGCCUGAAGCCGAGGCUUCAUACUCCUCUGGUAGACGCUACCCUGUCAGCCAUUCCCAUGGCCACCAGUACGGAAAGAGGUCCGCUGAUCCAGAACCAGAGCCUGAAGCCGAGGCUUCUACUCCUCUGGUAGACGCUACCCAGUCAGCCAUUCCCAUGGCCACCAGUAUGGAAAGAGGUCUGCUGAUUCAGUACCUUCCUAUGGCUAUCCUUAUCCUGUCUACCACUACCCUACCUAUUACUCUGAAACUCUUCACCAUUUACAACAGAGAGAAAGAAAGAAACCGCCUGAAAAUUAGUAUAAAUCGGCCAUGUGAACGAGUUGCUGAUGCUAUGGGGAUGACUCCGAACGCUGUCCUAGUGUUGGUGAGCCGUGGAAAGAAUCCUCAUCCACCUGAAACACCACCUGCAUCAUCAAAUACUUCGCCUCUGGUCUUUGACAACUUCACCGUUGGUUCCAUUAGGAGACAUGUGCACAGCAUGUUUGCUGCUAAGCGAUUUUUCACUAUUACCAUUUUAGCGGAAGAACUUAAAAUGCUAAAUAUCAUUCCUGGAGAAACAUCUGAGAAGGCAGUAUGGCGAAUCCUCCAUAACAUGGGUUUCCAGUGCAAAACAUCCCAGCGGAAAAUGUACCUAAGGAAAGAAACUUUGGACGUCGUUUGCCGCCGAGUUGAUGCUCUACGAUCCCUCCAGCAACAUCGUGAUGAAGGAAGAGAAGUAGUGUAUGUCGAUGAGACGUGGUUUACGACGAGAAUGCAACAUAGCAAGGAGUGGGUGGACACACCUCAAUCUGUCACCAGUGCCACCUACAGCCGGCAGGUGCCACCAGGAGAAGGAGAGAGGUUUGUGGUGGUAGCAGGUGGUACAGCUAAAGGUUUUGUAGAAAAUUCAUUUUUAUGCUUCCCUGCGAAAAAUAAAACCGGCGACUACCAUGGAGAAAUGAAUUCAGAAAUAUUUAUUCUGUGGCUAACAUCACAGCUCCUGCCGUCAUUUGAGGAUCCUUCGGUGCUGGUGCUAGACAACGCCCCAUACCAUAGCCAAUUGACAGGAGAUAGCCGAUGCCUAACAACAGCUACAAAAAAGGAGGAUUUGGUUAACUGGCUCAGGUCUCGAAAAAUACAGUAUCCAGCUCACGCAACACGCCCUGAGCUUCUAAAGAUAUGCAGGGCCAACCGGCCGAAACCAGUUUACAUUUUGGAUAAUAUAAUCCGUGAAUGGGGCCAUGAAGUGGUUCGCUUGCCCCCUGCCCAUCCUGAGCUCAACGCCAUCGAGCAGGUGUGGGGCUGUAUGAAAUGA